UGUGAUUGGUGGAACUCUUUGCCCUGUUGGCAACCGACCUCCCCACCCCGGCAAUGGUGAUCCUGGAUACAAACAUCGGCAACAAAAAAGACCUAGGGGAACAUUUGUCGUUGCAAAACAUAUCCAUGUAUCUUACACAACUGUGUGUAAUAUAUAUACUGUGUACCCUCAUGGGUGUCAAUGUGAUGUAGCUUCACAACCCCUUCAGACCACGCCUCCCUCCCCCCAAGACUCAAGCAACAUUUUGUUCAUCUUUUGUUUCAAAUCUCAUUAUUUCUGACUUGGAAUUAUCUAACCUGAAUACGUGCAUCCAAUGCACUACACUUAGUUCUCCGAAAAUACCGGAAAAAAGAGUAGGAAAAACACAGGACAUUAUUUGUAUUUUUUGUGCAUGUUUUAUAUCAUCUGGAUGUGAACGCGUAUCUCUGGGAUUAAAUAGAGGGUAGCAGUGUCAUUUCUAAGGUCUUUGUUAUGAGUGGCACUACCUCUUCUUGGACACUAGGGAUCACCAUAUCUUCCUACAAGCUAGAAGGAGAAGAGAUUUCCUGGAUUCUGCUGGAUUUGGCAUGGUCUUGCCUUGGUUUUCAUGUAAUUUCUUUAUAUAUAUAUUUGGUUCCGCAGACUGGUGUUUCGUUUUAUAUCUUGCUUUUUAUUGUUUGUAGAUCUCAAUGUUGGGGGUGGGGGGAAGGAUUUAUUUAUUGUGACAACAAGGAUUUACUCCUUUAAGGGAACUUAAACAGCUCAGCUCAGACUCACUCGAUCGAGGUAGGCCGAACGCAGAUUUUUUAUUCUGGAAAAAUGUGUGAAUGGUUAAAUAUAGUUAGAAAGGUUGACACGAUUUGUAAACAUAACUGCUUAGAUGACAUAAUAUAACAACAGCGACGUGAGGCUUCUUUACAGUAGAAACAGUCCACAUGGUUCUUGGGAUGAAUUAUCACCAGCUAAUAAAUGGCAAAAUAGGUUCUCCGUGGCAACCUUUCAUUUUGAAAUGCUUUGCCCAAUGAAUGACUGAACUAUGUACCGAAGUAUCUUUGCUUGUAUGAACACAGAAAACUCCUACAUUUUACUUCCAUAUUGACGCUAUUGUAACCUGUCACAAGCUAGCCUGUACUUUGGAAUCCCCAGAAGAUUGCAGGGUUCCCUGUGCUGAGCACUUCAAAUAAACUACUAUCAUACAAAUCCACUGAUGUUCUGCCUGGUAGCUCACACGGUAGCAGCCAUUAGUAACUGAUGUUCUUGGUGGUAGCUCACAUUGUAGCAGCCUUGCCAUUAGUAACUGAUGUUCUGGGUGGUAGCUCACACUGUAGCAGCCAUUGUUAACCGAUGUUCUGGGUGGUAGCUCACAUAGCAGCCCGUAGUAACCAACCUUCUGCCAUUACACUGGUAAUCUGGGGGUCCGAGGUUGAAGUCCCUGUUCAGGUGACUCCUUAUUGUCAUUUAGCUUUUAAUUAAGCUAGUUAUGUGCUAAUAUAUUGUUAUACCUAUUUGGAAUGUGUGUAUAUGUUCACAACACACAAGUGAAUUACUAUGUUAGAUGAUUAGGUAAGAGAUAUAGGCCCAUUCUAAAGAUGGAUAGGGGUCAAAUUGCAGUAUUCAAAAUUCACAAUUUGAAUACUAUUUAUUGUAGGUAAUGCAUUCUUCUGUUUCUUUGUACUGUUUCCAAGCGUGUCUGGUUGCACAACUGUGGCCCGCCUGAUUAAGUCCAUAUUUUUUUUACAUUACAAUUUACAUUAUUAAACUCUUAUUAACACUGUAUGUAACUUUGUUCCCUAGAAUCUUCAAUCUUGUUUAAAAUCGGACCAUAUUGACACUACAACAGCAAGUAAAUACUGCAGUGAAAAGGUAGCAUUUUAAAGGGGGACCGCCUUCCAUUCAGACUUAACGCCACUCCGACAUUGACGUCUAAUUGUCGUAGUGGCGGCGCUUACAUUGUUUUCAAUUUAUUUGUUACCAGCAUUCGUAGUGUUGAUCAGCAGAGAAAUAGACCAAUUUUUUAUUUGUAAACAUUCGGAUGCGCGCGCAGGGUGGUGGCAGAAAACAGCGAAAGGGUAGUUAUUUAUAACGGCAAAAGGACCACUCGGAUAAUAAUACAAGUAGCCUAGAUAGAUUUUUAAAAGAUUAUAGUUAAUAAUGAUUAGAUCUGAUUAGUAAAAUGUUUUCGACAUAUUUCAAUAGCCUGUCACCCAGUGAUAAACACUGUUAUUUAGCCAAAUUGACGUUAGUGGGCAGUGGGAUACGUCUUCCAGAUCCGUUUGCAAUAGCACCUUGUCAAUGGUUAAAUGAUGAAACGAAAUGGCCUAGCAUCCAGUGGCCAGAGAUUUAUAAUUACCUAAUCGAAACUCCAAGUGUAUAUACCCGGGAGAAGCUAAAAGCGUACAAGUCUCUGGAUGCUUACAAUUUUGUUCUGUGUGGUCAUGUCCAAGACAUACUAUGGCAUGAUUACAAUGUUCAAAACUUCGUUGUGAUGAAGACGGAGGUUCUGCCUAGCCAAAGACAGGGAAAGAAGACAGAAUUGUACAAGGCCUGGGUUAUCGUCAACAAGACCAACAACUGUAUUCUUACUGCGAACUGCACCUGUAUGGCUGGAACUGACAGAUGAAGACAUUGCGGAAUUGAAACUACUGGCACCUAACGCAGCUGUACUCACUACCAUGGAACUCAGUGACACAGAUUCCGCAACAGAAUCUGACACAGAGGCCGGGGACCUCCCAGAGCCACUAGUCGCUCUGUAUGAUGCCAAUCUGAGAUGCCUCUGCAAAAAUCAACUACAAGAGAGGAGUGAAGAGACUUUUGAAAAACUGAGGAUGGGGUUAACUAAUGAGCAGUGUGUAAACCUUGAGCUUACAACUAAAAAUCAGGCACAGUCUCAGGCCUGGCACACACACAGAAAUGGAAGGAUAACAAGCACAACCCUACAUCGUGUAUACACUGUAGUAACCGAAACAGCUAAACUAAACCUUGUAAAACAGGUAAUGCACUACAAUAAACAAGACUUGUCCCAUGUGCCAGCAGUACUUUGGGGAAGAGAUAUGGAGGACACAGCCAGAAGACAAUACACAGAAAUAAUGAAAGCACAACAUUCCAACUUUGAAGUGGAGCUUUGCGGUCUUGUUGUGCGGCCAGACAAACCACAUCUUGGGGCAUCGCCGGAUGGAAUAGCAAACUGUACCUGCUGUGGGAAAGCAACCCUAGAGAUUAAGUGUCCAUACAAAUACCGUGAUGGUCUUACAGGGAGUAGCGAGGACACACAGUUCUGCUUAGACAAAGCACUACAAUUAAAGAAGAAUCAUGAAUACUACCAUCAAGUUCAGCUACACAUGUUUGUAUGCAACACCCAGUACUGCGACUUUGUGGUUUGGACAAAGCAAGUUGUUGCUAUCAACCGCAUCACCAGAGAUGAAGAAAUGCUACAAGCAGUCCUGCCUAAAGCUGAAAAGUUCUUCAAACAGAGUAUUUUGCCUGAGCUGUUAACACGCAGCAUGGAUCCACUGAUGCAGUCACCUACAGUCUGCUCACACUGUCAAAGGCCAGACUUUGGAAUGAUGAUUGACUGUGCAAAGUGCAAGAACCAUUUCCACUACACAUGUGCUAGAGUAAGAAGAAAGGUUGUGGAUUGGUGUUGUGAACAGUGCAAAAAUGAUGAAUGAAAUGUUCUUCGAAGCAAAUG